AAGAGACUCCUUCGUUUCUAAGUUUUCAUUUGGAUACUAUAUAACACAAAGUACAGCUCAAUUCCUCAGUGUUGUGAGCUUCGACUCCUCAUCCGCCGCUUCCAGCCCGUCGUCUUCAUCGUCUUUGGCUUUCGGUUCCUUUCUUCUGAUCUCCCUCUCCUCCGUCCCCAUGGCGGCGCUCCCCCACAAUUUCUCUAUCAAGGCUGGAGACGCACGGUUUGAGGAUUGUGACACCAGAGACCAGAUCUUACAGCUUAGAGAGGCUGUUGAGGUCCCUGAUGGAAUUCUAAAGGUGAAACAAGAAGUUGACGCUGAAAUUUUCGGCAGUGAAGAUCAGAGCUGGGGUCGUGCAGACACCAAUCUUCCAGCUCAAACUCCAACUCCAGCACCAGCUCAAAAUCGUUAUUCUGAGCCAGACAGCCAGGAUUGGCGUGGCCGUUCUGCACCAGUUCCUACCACUGGAGAGGAACGGUCUUGGGAUACUCUUCGGGAGAAUAAAGAGUCUGGUAAUCGGUUUGAUUACAGACAGCAAGAAGCAAAUCAGUCUCAAUUUUCAAGGACACAGAGCCAAGGGGGAGGGCCUGCUCCCACUUUAAUCAAAGCUGAGGUGCCAUGGUCAGCUAGAAGGGGUACUCUAUCUGAUAAGGAUCGCGUGUUGAAGACUGUGAAGGGGAUUCUAAACAAGUUGACUCCGGAGAAGUUCGAUCUCCUGAAAGGACAACUUAUAGACUCUGGCAUUACGUCAGCUGAUAUCUUAAAGGGUGUUAUUUCACUGAUAUUUGCUAAGGCCGUGCUAGAACCUACAUAUUUCCCCGUGUAUGCUCGUCUCUGUUUUGAUCUUAGUGAAAAGAUUCCCCGGUUCCCCUCAAACGAACCAGAUGGUAAAGAAAUCACUUUCAAGCGGAUCCUCUUGAAUAACUGCCAGGAGGCUUUUGAAGGCGCUGACAAAUUGUGGGAAGAAGUGAGACAGUUGACUGCCCCUGAACAAGAGAUGGAGCGUAGGGAUAAAGAAAGAUUGGCCAAGAUUCGUACACUGGGAAACAUCCGUUUAAUUGGAGAGCUUCUGAAGCAGAAGAUGGUACCUGAAAAGAUUGUACAUCACAUUGUUAAGGAGCUCUUAGGAUCUGCUAACAAAGUUUGUCCUGCUGAGGAAAACGUGGAAGCAAUAUGUCAUUUUUUUAGCACUGUUGGAAAGCAGCUUGAUGAGAAGCCAAAAUCACGCCUUAUAAACGACAUGUACUUCAGCCGAAUGAAGGAACUGACAACAAACCCUCAAUUGGCUCCAAGGUUGAGGUUCAUGGUUCGUGAUGUAAUUGACUUGCGUUCCAACAACUGGGUUCCCAGACGUGAAGAUAUAACAAGCCAAAACCAUCACUGAAAAUACGUACGGAGGCCGAAAAAAUUCUUGGAUUGCGUCCGGGUGCUACUGCAAGCAUCCGAAGUGGUCGUAACAAUGUUUCUGGUGCUCAAGGGAGUACCAGCCCUGGAGGAUAUCCCAACAACCGACCUGGUUCAGGGGGCAUGAUGCCUGUAAUGCCAGGAACAAGGAAUGUGAAACCCCGUCUUUAUUUUUACGUAUUUUUGUAAUAUUAUCGAACGUGUGAAUUACCAAAUUACCCUUGAAGCGUGAACAUUGACUUUGUGUUUUCGAAACGUCGAACGUUUUCUUGGAUAUUUUCAUGUUUCGUCUUAAGUAGCCUUAA